AUGGAGGCGACCACGAUGACGUCAUCACUACGCGUCAAACAAAUAUCCCUCCUGCUCUUCCAGCGCUCACACCAUGUUGGCAAAAGAGGAGACGCAGCAGAAAGGAAAAGGACGUAAGAGGAGGAGUACCCCUAGUGAAGAUGGAAGAGAAGGAAAGAGGAAGGAUGGUAAAGAAGGACCAAAACCUCAGGGAGGCGGUGGGAAAAUGCGACUGGAUGCGCAGAGUGUCGGCUAUUUUCGCCGUGUUGGAGAUAGACUCAGUGAAAGCUUUGAAGAUGAUGAGGAGAGAGAGAUGUUUGUGGGGAACGUCCUGUCGGAGGUGAAAGGCAAAGCUGCCACGGUGGCGAUGGACCGAACAGGAAGUAUCACCCUAGAGCGGCUGCUCCCACUGUCCAGCCCUCAGCAGGUCGGGGAGCUGCUGCUUGAACUGGGGGGAGAGUCGGGCUCUGGGUUUAAGGAGAUUUCAUGUGACCGGUGUGGGAGCCACGUAGUGGAGAGUGCACUCAGACAGAUGUCCAGGUGGGAUGCAGAAACCCAGAAGGAUUCGUCUGAGACCAGCGAGAAUGAGGAGAGCGAGGAGCUGUUGGAGGUCCAGGUGUUGUCUUUGAGUCAGGUGGUCAGAGACAAUGUUGCCGACUUCAUCAGACACGUUCACGGCUCGCAUGUGGUCCGCACUCUUCUACACGUGCUGGGGGGCUGCCUCGGACCCCCUCGUACAGAGGCUCAUCCAGCAGGAGGAAAAAAUGGCCGCUGUGCUCCUCGGCUGACGGACUUUGAGAUCCCCACCUCGUUCUGGUACGAGCUGAAGAGUCUCACCGAGACCUUGAUGGAGAACGUUAACUUAAGUGUUACAGAUGCUGCAGCCAGCACAGUUUUCCAGACCAUGUUGACCGUAUGUCACAAAAAACGGCCCAAACUCUGCAAGCAGCUCCUCAGACGCACCAUGGAGUACCUGACGGGUCACAGUGCAGCUCCUGGAGUCAGUCCACUUCUGGUCUUUCUGAAGGACCAGAACUCCAGUCACCCCAUAGAGACCAUCAUACAGCUGUCCCACAAGCCUCUUCUCCGCGACCUCUACAAAAACCACCUGAAGGGUCACCUGGUGGACCUGGCCCUCCAUCCCAUUGCUAAUUUCCCCAUACAAAGGCUUAUAGCAGCCUCAGCCAAAUAUAAACUGUUCCUCAGUUUGUUCGAUGAGCUGGUUCAGGGUGUGGAGGCCAUCUUGGCUGCAGGUCACAUGGGUGUGAUCAUCCAGCUGGCAGAAAGCUGUGCAGAAAGUGGAGAGAAGCAGGACGAUAUAAUGCAGUGCCUUCUUGAUGCGUUCCACUGCGCUGAGCCUGGUUCUCGACUUGUCAGCUGCCUCCCUCUCUUCAUGUCCCUGCUCACCUAUGAGGUGUACUACCAGUGUGAAACAGCAGAGGGCAGCACACAGACAGAGACUCCCCUGACCUCCAUCUGCUACCACGGCUCUCGGCUGGUCCAAGCCCUGGCUAAGUUUAAAGAGCGCUCGCUCCUCCUCAGCAGCCUGCGUACGCUGAGCCCCGCUGAUCUCCUCACGCUGGCCUCUGACCCUGCAGGCAGCCACGCCCUCCAGUCCUUGAUCAUCACUUCUAGUGACAAAGGUCGAGGCAAGAUCCUCAAGAGACUGGAGGGACAGUUGGUCCAGAUGGCCUGCUCCAGGUUGGGCAGUCGUGUGCUUGAAGCCAUGUGGAGCAGCGCCUCCAUCAGUCAGAAGCUAAGCAUCGCACAGGAACUUGCUCUGUGUGAAAGCCAGCUGAAGUCCGAUCAGUUCGCUCGGCACGUUUGGGCAAAGUUCGCUCUCUCCCACUUUGUCCACAGAAAAGCCUACUGGCAGGAAAUUCAGACGGGCGAGUCCAAGAAGAGGAAGCUUUUCAGUGACAUUCUUGAAUAA